UAUGAAGCCGCUGUUUACGAAACUAUUGUAAAAAAAAGGGAAUAUAUUUGUAGUAAAUGCCUACAUUAUGGUUAUAUUUACGACAUGCGGGGCAUUUUUAAAAGAAGUCAUAUAACUAGAUAUACCGGACAGUCUUAUUUAAGACCCAGGGAGUUAUUUUUUUUACUAGUGAAAGGAAGGUAGAAAUGAAGGUUAUUUCAGGUGUUGGACACUCCCAACACAGAGAGAGCUGCUGCCUUCCUUGAAAAGCAAGUUUAUUUUUGGUGUCUUGACAUUAGAGCUCAUCUGUCAUGGCCGCAACUCUACUGUGUGAAGUUCCAUCUUGUUCGUCUUCUUCCUCCCAAUGAUGCAUACUCUUUCAUAGCGACGCGAGGCACACAACUGUUGAUCGCUCCAUCAUGACGAAAGAAGAAGAGAUCCCUGACUGGGUGGGUGCCCAGGAGUUCUAUGACAAGUAUGACCCCAAGGAGAUUCUGGGAAGGGGAGUAAGCAGUGUGGUGCGUCGCUGCGUCGACAAACGGUCGUCUCAGGAGUACGCCGUGAAGAUCAUCGACAUCACCCCUUCAGACAAGACGACCCCGCAGGAGAUCGAGGAGAUCCGGGAUUCAACGGUGAAGGAGAUCGACAUCCUCAAGAAAGUGUUUGGACAGGAGAACAUUAUACAGCUAAAAGACUGUUAUGAAUCCAAUGCCUUCUACUUCUUGGUUUUUGACCUGUACGUAAGCUCAAGUAAGAAUAUACCGCUUACAACUCUGUUAUUUUAUUUGAAUACUUGUCUUAUUAAUCCCAGGAUGAGGAGGGGGGAACUUUUUGAUUACCUCACAGAGAAAGUGACUCUGAGUGAGAAGGAAACAAGGAAGAUCAUGCGUGCUCUGCUGGAAGUGGUUCAGUUUCUCCACGACCAGCACAUCGUCCAUCGAGAUCUCAAGCCUGAGAACAUCCUUCUGGACGACGAGAUGAACAUCAAACUCACCGACUUUGGCUUCGCCGUGCAAAUCCAAUCAGGACAGAAACUCAAAGAGGUGUGUGGGACUCCCGUUUAUCUGGCUCCCGAGAUCAUUGAGUGCUCCAUGGACUCAGACCAUGGUGGAUACGGAACUGCUGUGGACAUAUGGAGCGCUGGGGUGAUCAUGUACACACUCCUGGCCGGCUCGCCGCCCUUCUGGCACAGGAAACAGAUGCUGAUGCUGCGUAUGAUCUUAGCCGGGACUUACGACUUCUCAUCGCCCGAGUGGGAAGACCGCUCAGACACUGUCAAGGAUUUGAUCUCUCGGAUGCUUGUGGUGGACCCCAGGAAGCGUUACUCGGUCAUCGACGCGCUCAAUCAUCCCUUCUUCUCCCAGUAUGUCGUGCACGAAGUCAGACAGUUCAGUCCAUACAGGAAGUUCAAGGUCAUCUGCAUGACGGUGCUGGCCACCAUGCGCAUCUACUGCAACUACCGCAGGGCCAAGCCCGUCACCAAGGAGGUGAUGAAGAGCGACCCGUACGCGCUCAAGCCCAUCCGCAAGCUCAUCGACGCGUGCGCCUUCAAGAUGUACGGCCACUGGGUCAAGAAGGGCCAGACGCAGAACCGAGCGGCUCUUUUCGAGAACACGUCCAAGGCCAUCCUGCUGUCCAUGGCGGCCGAGGCGGACGGGCCUGUCCAUCCCCUCUGGUAAUGACAAAAUGGUCCUCUCGGCUGCGCUGGAGAAUUGUGUGAAUUUUACGUGGAGGGAAAAACCGGUGAGGCACCAACCACUUAAGGAGGCUAACAAUAGGUAAACAAUACUCAUGUCUGUCACUUGUUUAACAAAACAAACUGACGCGCUCGCUUGCCCGCCCAUAAGUAAAGAGGAUCAUUUGUGUCUUUAUUACUAAAGCUGGUUUUGAACACUAAAUUUAUGUAACUGAAUUUUUUUUUUUUUUACGUCAAAUUAUGCUGACAAUUUUAUUGUUUAAAAAUGUAUUUUGUUAUAAUGUAGUGUUUUAAAAUUUAGCGUCAAAAGAUUUGGUGCAAAAAUAUUUGUUGCUUCAAAGCUCAAGACUCACUUCUGGUAAAUUAGGACUGAAGCGCCUCAUUGGCUGCUUCUGAGACAGGAUCGAUUGUUUCUGUCUUAAAGGGGAACUGCACUUAUUUUUAUUUUGCUGUUCACAAUCGUUAUGAAAGACAUGACGACGGAUGUAUAUAUUUUUUUCACAUUCUAACUAGAGAUGUCCGAUAAUAUCGGACUGCCGAUUUUAUCGGCCGAUAAAUGCUUUAAAAUGUAAUACCGGAAAUUAUCGGUAUCGGUUUCAAAAAGUAAAAUGACUUUUUAAAACGCCGCUGUACGGAGUGGUACACGGACGUAGGGAGAUGUACAGAGCGCCAAUAAACCUUAAAGGCACUGAGGGUGGCCGUAUAAACAACUUUAACACUGUUACAAAUAUGCGCCACACUGUGAACCCACACCAAAAAAGAAUGACAAACACAUUUUGGGAGAACAUCCGCACCGUAACACAACAUAAACACAACAGAACAAAUACCCAGAAACCCUUGCAGCACUAACUCUUCCGGGACGCUACAAUAUACGCUACCCCC